UCUAUUGGACCCUUCCAGUAGAGGAAACAUGAAACAGAACCUAACCUUGAAAUUCAGGCCACGUUGUACAAACACCUUCAGGUGGUCCUCCAAAGAAGAAAGCAGGGAGUAGGAUCUUUUAAACUGCUCUUCAUGCUUUUAAAAGGUUGGCUUCAAAGGACUCCUGAAUGGUUACAAGGUUGAUUUAAACUCAUCUUUAAGCCAAACAUGAAUAAAUAAACUCUAAAAUGUUGUGCUUGUUGUUACAGAUGAUCCUCUUCAGGUUUGCACGUGACCCCCUGCCACUCUUUCGUGAUUACUGGGUUCACGUCCUCAUUGCUUGAACUUUGGAAGUAAUCAUCAGAGUGUAAACGUUAACUAUUAAUGCACUUAAUCUGAUAAGGUUCUAAUGAAGCUUCAAGAGGACACUGAGAGGAAAGAAGAGAACAUAAUCUAUUCAUCUUUUUCAAUAUCUGAAACAACUCAGCCAUGAAGACGGCCAUUAUGUUUCUACUGGUCUGCGCCGUGAUGGUCCUGACUAACGCUGCUGCUGUUCCAGAAGCAGAGCCGGCUGAAAUGCCAGAGGGACCAUCCAUUCAAGAAGCUGUUCAAGGAGCAGAAGCUGAUGAAAUGCCAGAGGGACCAUCCAUUCAAGAACCUUUCCCAGAAGCAGAAGCUGAUGAAAUGGCAGGAGGACCAUCCACCAAUGAAAGUCAAAGUCGUAUCGCUCAGAGAUCAUCACAAUGUCCAAGAGGUUGGAGUCAUAACAAUGGUCGCUGUUUCCGCUACAUUUCAACACCACAAACUUGGGCUUGGGCUGAGAAAAGUUGUCAGGCUCUAGGAGGGAACCUUGCAUCCGUGCACAGCCAUGCUGAGUAUGUGUUUAUCCAGAGAAUGAUAGUGAGAGCCACUAAUGGGUAUCCAGCCUCAUGGAUUGGAGGCUCUGAUGGACAACAGGAGGGUGUGUGGCUGUGGAGUGAUGGUUCACUAUUCACCUACGCUAACUGGUGUCAAGGAGAGCCAAACAACCUUCGUGGUACGCAGGAAUGUAUCCAGAUGAACUGGACUAGUGAAAAGUGCUGGGACGAUGACUAUUGUUCAAUUCAUCUCCCGUAUGUCUGUGCCAGGAGAGCCUGAUCAUCCUAUGUUUGUCACAGAGACAUGAAGAAAAAGUCAAGAGAACAACUUCCUUUUUUUUUUUCAUCAGUUGCAUAUUUACUCUAAAGCUGAUUAUCUCAUGUCUUUGUUUUUUUAACUUUUAAUGUAAUGCUACUACAGAAAUGAAGAAUGAUCAAUGUGUAAUGGAA